AUGGCGAAGAAAGCAAAGGCCCGCAAGCUAACCACGAAGCAGACGAGCUACCUCGCGCCGGAACGGCUCUACACCCGCGACGGCUUCAUGCGAGCGGCGGGGUUGAGCAUGUCGCGAUUGAGCGACGCCCGCCACGACCACGGCUUGGUGCCGAAGUGGCUGACGGUCGGCGCCAAGCAGUUCAUUGACGGCACGGAUGCGAUCGCCUUCAUCAAGCAACUUGCGGCCGCCGAAGCUGCCGAGAAGGAACGCCAUCCCAUGCCCAUGAAAUCAGCCCUGCGGCAGCAAGUCGAAGCGCUCACGCGCAACCGCCAACUGUCGAGCGGGCAACUUCGGCAGCGAAUAGCCCAGCUGCUCGAGGGCCCGUCCGUCGUUCCGAAUGCUCUGGCGCCGCGGCGCACUGCCGGCCUGGUUCGCAGCCGCUGGGACCUCGGAAGGCGAGAUAGCAUCGCCACCGUACGAGCCUAUUUAAUGGCUGCGAACUCUCCUGCGCCAGUGCAAUCAGCGCCGGACGCCCGGGAAAUGACCAAGGCCGACAUCUGCAACGUCGAGCCGCCGUCUGAUGCCGAGGCACGGUUCCUCAAGGGCGCUGAUCAAUUGGCGAUUACAGCCGACGAACUACAGCGAAUCGCCGAAGUCGAGAAGCUGAACGAAGCUCUACGGGGAUUGCUGAGAGUCAAUCCGAACGACUCCGACGGCAAGGAUGCCGCCGCAGGCUACGUUUCGGCAGACGACGGCCGGCACUAUGAGAACGGCAUUCCUCCGGUCGAGUUUGCUCUCGACUGGCAGUCGCACGUUUCCCAAUGCGGCGGCGACAUUGCCGCCACGGUCCUUCACCACCUGCGUUGGAAUAUCGCGGAGCAUCAGAAGCUUCUCGACGCCACGGUAAAGCGGCUUCGCGAGGCCAAGCUGGUCGGCGCCGAUGAAGACGAGACGGAAAUGCUGGCCCGCGGCGUCAUGAGACGAGUGAUUGCCAGAAAGACCGGCUACUCGACAGCUACGGUCAACAGAGUCCGCAGGGGCCUCUGCGAGGCUCUCACUAUCAAGCGGGCGACAGUGGAAGAGAUCCUCGGCCCCCGGCAAAAAGGUGGGCACGACCCGACACCUGACGAGAUCGCUGCGGCCUGCGAAGCGAUACGAAAGGUGCGAGAACGCGAAGACUUGGCGAUCGCCGAAGCAGAGGCCGCCUACACCUCUGCCUAUAUCGAUAGCGAAGGGGGUCGCCUAUGA